CGGGGUCUCGUCAUCUCCGGGAAGACUCGGCGCCUGGGUCUGCGCUCUCUGGGUAAGCUUUCUGGGAAGCUUCCCAGGGAGCUCGCUGGUCCUGGCCGCAGAAGCCUGAGGACCCACCCAAUGAGGAUAAGCAGCUGAAAGGCCGCGCGGUGCCGCUUGAGGCCCCGGGACGUAGGCCGGUACGUGGUCGGCCUGGCACCACCUUUCCGGGGGAAGCCAUGCGCCCCCUGCAUCGCACGCGGCUCUGCACCCGCGCCGCCCGACCCGAAACCCGGCGGAGGGCACACUGGGCUGCCGCUGCGGGCCCCGGUCCAGCCCACGCUUACUCCAGAGCCUGUACGGGAGCCGACGGGUCGGACCUCCCGGCGCGGAGUCGCCCCGCGGGUAUGUGCGAAAGGCGGGGCCGCCUACACGCGGUGCAGCGCCCUGAGGCCGGUUAUCUGCAGUCACCGCAGUUUCCCGGCUCUGCUUGGGACGAUGCGCGAACCGGGAAUCCCAGAGCGCGGUGGCUAGACCAGGCUCCGCUGCCUCCCCAGCGGCCCCUUUCCUAAUGGUUCAGACGGAACCUGGUCGACUCCGCCGGAGACUGCCAGAUCUCGUUCCUCUUCCCUCUGUCAUCUUCUUAAUUAUAAAUAAUGGGGGAUGAAGAUAAAAGAAUUACAUGUGAAGAUUCAGAACCAUCCACAGGAAUGAAUCACAUGCCCUCCAUGCAUCAAGAAACACAGGAGGAGACAGUUAUGAACCUCAAAGGUAUAGAUGCAAAUGAACCAACAGAAGGGAGUAUCCUUUUGAAAAGCAGUGAAAAAAAGCUACAAGAAACACCAACUGAAGCAAAUCAUAUACAAAGGCUGAGACAAAUGCUGGCUUGCCCUCCACAUGGUUUACUGGACAGGGUCAUAACAAAUGUUACCAUCUUUGUUCUUCUGUGGGCUGUAGUUUGGUCAAUUACUGGCAGUGAAUGUCUUCCUGGAGGAAACCUAUUUGGAAUUAUAAUCCUAUUCUAUUGUGCCAUCAUUGGAGGUAAACUUUUGGGGCUUAUUAAGUUACCUACAUUGCCUCCACUGCCUUCUCUUCUUGGCAUGCUGCUUGCAGGGUUUCUCAUCAGAAAUAUCCCAGUCAUCAACGAUAAUGUACAGAUCAAGCACAAGUGGUCUUCCUCUUUGAGAAGCAUAGCCCUGUCUAUCAUCCUGGUUCGUGCUGGCCUUGGUCUGGAUUCAAAGGCCCUGAAGAAGUUAAAGGGCGUUUGUGUAAGACUGUCCAUGGGUCCCUGUAUUGUGGAGGCGUGCACAUCUGCUCUUCUGGCCCAUUACCUGCUGCAUUUACCGUGGCAAUGGGGAUUUAUACUGGGUUUUGUUUUAGGUGCUGUAUCUCCAGCUGUCGUGGUGCCUUCAAUGCUCCUUCUGCAGGGAGGAGGCUAUGGUGUUGAGAAGGGUGUCCCGACCUUGCUCAUGGCAGCUGGCAGCUUUGAUGACAUUCUGGCCAUCACUGGCUUCAACACAUGCUUGGGCAUAGCCUUUUCCACAGGCUCCACUGUCUUUAACGUCCUCAGAGGAGUUUUGGAGGUGGUAAUUGGUGUGGCAACUGGAUCUGUUCUUGGAUUUUUCAUUCAGUACUUUCCAAGCUGUGACCAGGACAAACUUGUGUAUAAGAGAACAUUCCUUGUGCUGGGGUUGUCUGUGCUAGCUGUGUUCAGCAGUGUGCAUUUUGGUUUCCCUGGAUCAGGAGGACUGUGCACGUUGGUCAUGGCUUUCCUUGCAGGCAUGGGAUGGACCAGCGAAAAGGCAGAGGUUGAAAAGAUAAUUGCAGUUGCCUGGGACAUUUUUCAACCCCUUCUUUUUGGACUAAUUGGAGCAGAGGUAUCUAUUGCAUCUCUCAGACCAGAAACUGUAGGCCUUUGUGUUGCCACCGUAGGCAUUGCAGUAUUGAUAAGAAUUUUGACUACAUUUCUGAUGGUGUGUUUUGCUGGUUUUAACUUAAAAGAAAAGAUAUUUAUUUCUUUUGCAUGGCUUCCAAAGGCCACAGUUCAGGCUGCAAUAGGAUCUGUGGCUUUGGACACAGCAAGGUCGCAUGGAGAGAAACAAUUAGAAGACUACGGAAUGGAUGUGUUGACAGUGGCAUUUUUGUCCAUCCUUAUCACAGCCCCAAUUGGAAGUCUGCUUAUUGGUUUACUGGGCCCCAGGCUUCUGCAGAAAGUUGAACAUCAAAAUAAAGAUGAAGAAGUUCAAGGAGAGACUUCUGUGCAAGUUUAGAGGAAGCGUGGAUUAUAUUCCUGGAAACUUUGGGACUGAAAGGCCAAAGCUUCUGGGUCCACCAUCAACGCAGCUCCGCUUUCAUUUCUUUCACAUUCAACUUUCCACAUAAGAUUUCAGGCGGGGGAAAAAAAACAAACAAAAAAGGUUUUAUAUUGAUAACAGUAUAUUGUUUACUUUGUACACAGUGUCUUUGUUCCAGACACUUGCUAUGUCUCAUUUAUUCUCACACCACCACCACAGCGUCCUUUAGAGAUGAGAAGACAACCUCAGGGAGAUGAUGUAUUUGCCUAGGUCCCAUAGCUAGCAAGUGACAGUGCUGCAGUUUAAGCUCAGGCCGUCUUGGGGAGAGACCGUGCUCUUUUACCAUUGCGCUUCAAGCUGACUUUAGGGGAAACAAUCUGAGUUUUGACAAGUUUACUUCUGGCACAUGCAGUCCCGAGCACUGCUUUUUGGCUAAAAUGCCCAGUGAUGUCAACUCUGUCCCUGGAUUUCUACAACCCGAUGAGUCAAUAUUCAGAAGAGACGUCAAAAGGAAAGGGUUCAAUAGACAGAAAACACACCAGACAGUCCCAGGAGCCCCAGAACCCUGGUCUCUGCCGCGCGGCCAAGACGUCACUUAAACGCGCUGCCGCGCACCCCGCCCCGCCCCGCCCCGCUCCGCUCCUGCGCGGAAGUCUAGCCGGGCUUUUGCGUCACUACCCUGCCCACCUGGGUGGCGCGUGGUUUACGCAACGGUUACUGAGCUCCUGGGCCAGCGAGGGCUGCGCAGGAAGUUGUAGGUACGGCCCAUUUUUCUUAACUCCGCCCUUCCAAGCCCUUUGGCGCCAGUCCCGGGUCUCCGGCUAUCAUUCACUUGCGGUAGGCCCCAGGAGGGCCUUUCCUCCCCCUCAGUUCAAUGGGAUGCUUGGGCUCCUCUCCCAGACGCUGGGAAAAUAGCCACAGACAUUGUCUCUCCUCUCUGUGAUUCCUUUCCUUACUCUCUCAUCCCACAUCUCUCUUCUUUGUUCUCUCUUCCUCCUGUUUUUCUUAUUUUACGAAUACUCUGCAGUAAGAAAGAAGAGAUCUGUCAGUCAAGAUUGACUGCAAAAUUAAUUUUAUUAAGCGUGUACUAUUUUACAAAUGGUGGAUCCCUGCAAAUAAACCUUCACAUACAUG